CGAUUUUGGUUUAUCUUGCAGGGCUUCCGUGACUUUUUCUCCCUACACAAGCGUGCCAUCUGCUGGGUUUCGGUUUUUAGUACAAGCAUUACUGAGAAAAAGACAACAUUGGAUAAGUAACGACACAAAGCAGAGACGCAAAUGGCUGGAGGGUUAGUGUUAUUAUUAUUGUUAUUAUUAUUAUUAUUAAUAUUGUUUUGACAGUGAUGUCUCGCUACAAAUUUCCACUGUCACAUAAUGGGAAGCUUCAAAAGAUGUAGUACAUGCAGCUUGCCGCUAGAAGGAGUGCGUCUGCUCUGAUAAAGCCGGAAAUAGCAUCUGCAUCCUUUGUUGACGGAAAUCAACACCAGAGUAACCCAGCAGCGCAAUGAAUAGUACAUAUGUGGAUUUGAGCAACGGUUUCGAGGAUGUUAUUAUUUCAUUUAAACCGGAUUCAAAUGAGCAUACGUUUCCUGUGUUCCAGUAUUCUCCAGUCAACGUUCAAGGACCCGGAUGCCCUGUUGACCCCAGUGAAGUUACACUUCCUGGCUGCUCCUGCCUUUCCCACUCAUGCAUCAGUGAGAGCUGUUCCUGCCUGCAGACCCACGGACAAGCCUACACCAGCGACGGCUCGUUGCUGAGCACGAACGUAUCGGAUGUCGGUCCCUCCACCCCAGUGUUUGAGUGUAAUGCCCUUUGUGCCUGCAGUGACAGUUGCUCAAACCGAGUGGUGCAGAGAGGGCUGAGACUACGUUUGCAGGUGUCCUCCACGAGCGGCAGGGGUUGGGGAGUGCGGGCGCUUCAGCGUAUCCCGCAUGGGACGUUUGUAUGCGAGUAUGCAGGCGAGGUCAUCGGUUUUGAGGAGGCACGACGAAGGCAGCUUGCGCAGAGAUCUGAGGAAAACAAUUACAUCAUCGCUGUACGGGAGCAUGCGGGCUCAGGCUCCGUCACUGAGACAUUUGUCGACCCGGCCGCAGUGGGAAACAUCGGUCGCUUUCUCAACCACUCCUGCUUGCCCAACUUGUUCAUGGUGCCGGUCCGCGUGCACUCGUUGGUGCCCAGAUUGGCACUGUUUGCUGGCCGCCAUAUCGAUGUCGAAGAGGAGCUGACGUUUGACUACUCUGGGGGCUACAGAAAUCAAACACCUGGACAGCCACGCUUGGCGCAAACUGACGCUGCCAUUCAGGCUAGUAGGACGCUCCAGAGGAAAGCGUGUCACUGUGGUGCCAACAACUGUGCAAAGUUUCUGCCUCUGGAUUUAUCCAUUUUAAACUAACCUAAAUUGCACGUUGUCCCACAUUGUGAGUCGUUGCAUUAAGAGGUAUCCUGUCGGUAAAGCCUGUAUAAUUUGUCCAGCAAGAACACAGGACACACUCAGACACGUUUUGUCCUCAUUUUUUGCUGUUUGGUCUCGUAAUGUGGAGGGAACUCCUUGACAUGUCCUUGCCCGGUCUUUCUCAGGCAUCGGAGAAUGUUUGUUCUGUGCAGAAAUUCAGUCAGCAUGUCCGAGCACACAAUAUCCUGUGCUUGUCAAGAGCGGGACGACUGUGAACACUGGCACAUGGUAACUAGGUUUCAUUUACUAUCAGCAGUGCUCAUAUGUUAGAAUGACAGGAAAAGCCCGGUGCCAUGAAAUAAUUUGUCCUUCCCCAAAGCAAAACCUCGAGUGUUAAUAAAUACUCUCAUUUAUGUCACCCGCAACCAUCUCGCGGCUUCUCAUCCCUCUUGAGCUCCCGAAAGGUGGGACCAAUUAAAACGGGCUCGGGGAUAUUUUGAUAUCGAAAUAAGUUUUAUUCCCCAGUCAAAAGGAGGAGGAGGAGGAGGAGCGUCCCACUUUAGUAUGACUACCAGUACGUCUCAAAUGAGGCCCUCCUCUCAAUGUGGCCCAUUUUUGUGCUUGACCCACUUUCCUCUUAUUAAUAUCAACAUCUGGGUUAAUUAGAAUCUCUUUCAUGCAGAAAUGGGACCAUUGCUCCAGCCACACUGGGCCUGGGAGACAGGAGGAUGUAGGAGUGGACACACACGGGGGCUGAUUAUUUUCCAUCUCGUCAGAAGAGUGAAAUUUGUCAAAUUUGUAUUUUCUCCUUGCGUGGUCUUACCUGUGCACAGCAAUUAAAAAAAAAACAAAAAACUUCAGAUCAGUUUUUUCACCCCCUGACCACACUCACCAUUUCUCUGGACAGUUGACCCCAAGUAUUUUAAGUUCGCCGGCCUCGCUUGUCCCUGUAGCCACGCUCACCCCAUGCCCGUUUGGAUAUGAAUGUAUAGAACUUACUGGCUCAAACGGUAGUCAUUAAAAUUGAACGCAUAAUUCGUGAA